UUCUCAGUUGAUGUCCAUUUUUUUGGCCUUCAAUUUUAAAAAUCAGUACUCUGCAUGUAUUUUUCUGCUUUGCAGUGGCUUUUGUUUCUCUUUAUGUCCGGCCUUCCUGUACAAUCUUUCUGCCUGAAUUGGACCUGUCACUCACUAUAGCAGCACGCCAAUUGGUUCAUUCAUUAAUUAAUUUUCUACCGCUUAUCCUCACAAGGGUCGCGGGGGUGCUGGAGCCUAUCCCAGCUGUCUUCGGGCGAGAGGUGGGGUACACCCUGGAUAGGUGGCCAGCCAAUCACAGAGCACAUACAGACAAACAACUAUUCACACUCACAUUCAUACCUAUGGUAUGGACAAUUUGGAGUCGCCAAUUAACCUAUAGCCUGUUUUUGGAAUGUGGGAGGAAACCGGAGUACCUGGAGAAAACCCACGCAUGCACGGGGAGAACAUGCAAACUCCAUGUUCCAUGUGUGAGGUCUGCGCGCUAACCACUCGUCCGCAGUGCAGCCCCAAUUGGUUAUGUAACUCAAAACUAAUUUAGAAGAAGUGUAAUGGAAUUCACAGCCGUUAAUAGUAUCAUAUGACUAAUUACUAGUUGUACACUAUUGCAUUUUGUAUGAUAAUCACGCAAAUAUUUCCUGAUGGAGCAAAGCUCAGUGUGAUGCAAUGCAGAACUGCACUACUACACACUACAGUCAAUACCUUAAAAAAAUCUUUGUCAUGUGUCUUCUAUUGGCUCGCAUUAGAUUGUGUUGGUGUACCUAUUGAGGUGGCCGCUGACUGACUGCAUUGCUUGCUCGGUAUGUGUGACGUCAUGAUCGCUCCUCUUAGCUUGCAGCAAUGGGCAUAUUUCUGCACAACUCUUGAGGUUUCUCCAAGAGCUGCAGAGAACGAAGGGAGGGAGGGUCUCAGCAGGGGGUGAAGAGGAAAACUCAACCCCCGCUACCCCCCUCCUUCUCAUCCCACCCCACCCUCAACAUCAUCCUUUUGCCGAUGCUGCCUGUGAUGUAAGUGGAAUCAAAAUGUUGAAGUUGUUCUCUGCGCGGGACGACGACAACGAGAGCCUCCUUGGGGCCAUCACAGAAGAUGAAGGAGACAACCCAUCUCUUGGUGACACCAAGCACCCCUGGCUGACCAGACCUUACCUCCUGGUCCUCAAAGACGGAGAUGUGGCCAAAUCAGGUCAAAUCAAACCUGAGGAUCCUUCCAAGUCCUCCUCGGAUGAAGCAGUAAUGUCAUCCAAGCAGAAAACCCCCCCGGAACGCCCGGCCACAAAAAUUCUCCAUGUGGAGGAAGGCGGCUGCACUGUGACUACAUGGGGUGAAGGUUGCUGUGAGGAGUCUUCCACCAGUCCUCUGGUUCUGACGCCAACUGAGGAGGAGCAGAUUGUCCCCUCAAAGGAGGACUCAGUGAUUGAAGAGAAGGAGAUGGAGGAAUCCCACGAGGAGACCGGGAACCUGCAGACUCAUCUUAAAGUACCCAAUGGAGGCAAGGUGGAACAUAAGGAGGGAGCAGUGGGAGACUCUAGAUCCUUACUUGUUGAUGCUGACAAGGAACCUGAGCUCGUUGGCAUCCUGUCCAAAGAUUGCGCCAAUGCUCUGGGAGAUGUGGCUCCUGUUUGGAUUCCAGACGCUCAGGCUCAGGUGUGCAUGAAGUGCGGGGUCAAGUUCACCUUUACCAAAAGGAGGCACCACUGUCGUGCUUGCGGCAAGGUGUUUUGUGCACUUUGCUCCGGCCUGAAGUUCAGACUUACACAUCUGGAUGGAAAGGAGGGGCGAGUUUGUGUUUCCUGUCAUUCAACCCUCAUUAAAAGCACGUCCCCCAGGGGGAAAAGGAGGGUGUGGUUUGCGGAUGAAGUCCUCGUCGAUAAGCAAUCUGACUCAGCUCCCACCACACCCGUCAGAGGGCCCACCUCCUCGCCACUGAUGAGCCGAGUGCCAAGAAGGACAGCUAAAAGUCCAGGAGGUUCACCUCAGCUCAGGAGAGCCCCCAAGCCACACGGGGGCACCGAUGAGGCGUGUGGUCCUCGUUGGGGGACGUCAUAUUUAGUGGGUAGCUCAUCCAACCUCAUCCCACUGGAUGGCCUGCCGCCCAUACUCACCUCCACAGGAGUUAAAGGAGAUUACACUGUAGAGGAGCAUCCUUCUGAGAUGUUGCUCAUCCAGGACUUAGAGAGUGGCAGGGCCAAUCCUCUUGUGUUUGUUCUUAAUGCUAACCUGCUGGCCAUGGUCAAGAUGGUCAACUAUGUAAACAGGAAGUGCUGGUGCGUGACCACCAAGGGAAUGCAUGCCGUGGGACAGGUGGAAGUGGUGGUGCUCCUGCAAUGUCUCCCUGAAGAGAAGAGCAUUCCCAAGGAGAUCUUCAGACAUUUUAUCCAGCUGUACAGGGACGGUCUCACAGGUAAGGUGAUAAAACACCUGUCCCUGUCACUGUUUGGCAGCAGUUUCCUGGGCAGUGAGGAGCAUGCAGGCUUCUUGUUUGUCCUCCCCACUCGUCAGUCCCUCCAAGGUCUACCCCUUCCAAGCCAGCCCUACCUCUUCGGCCUGCUGGUCCACAGAGCCGAGGUGGCCUGGGCCAAGGCCUUCCCCUUGCGCCUUAUGCUGCGACUGGGCGCCGAGUACAGAUUCUAUCCUUGUCCUCUGUACAGCGUGCGCUUUAGGAAGGCUUUGUUUGGGGAGAUAGGCCACACAGUCAUGAGGCUUUUAGUGGACUUUAGGAAUUACCGCUAUGGUCUACCAAAGGUCCAGGGGCUCACUGUGGACCUGGAAGCUCAGAGGACCUGCAUAAAGAUACCAACCAGUGGCUACAAUGAGCUUAUGAAGGCUCUGAACAAGUCCAACGAGCAUGUACUGGCCAUAGGGGCGUGCUUCAAUGAGGCUGCUGACUCUCACCUCAUCUGUGUGCAAAGAGAUGACGGGCAGUACCAGACGCAAGCCAUCAGCAUCCACAACCAGCCACGCAAAGUAACUGGCUCUUGUUUCUUCAUAUUCAGCAGUGCACUGAAAGCAUCUGCAGGAUAUUUUGCCAAGUCUAGCAUCGUCGAAGAUGGACUUAUGGUGCAGAUUACCCCAGAGACAAUGGCGGAGCUGCGCAGGUCGCUACGUGAGAUGAGAGACUACACCGUCACUUGUGGACGUGUGGACCAAGCGGACAGCCAGGAGCUUGUUUGUUUGCAGUGGCUGGAGGGGAAGAGUGGCGUCAAUAAAGGGGUAAUAAGCCCCAUUGAUGGUAAAUCCAUGGAGUCCAUCAGCAGCACCAAGAUGUUCCAGAAAUCAGAAUACAAAGAAAAUGGGAAGAUCAUCCACUGGACAGAGGUGUUCUACCUGCAGAAGGCCGAUCAGCCAAAAGGUGUUACACCCAACUUAGCGGAGCACAAUCGGCUCACAGAGCGCAUCGCCCGGGCCUUUUGCUUGGCCCUAUGUCCUUACCUCAAACUGCUGAAGGAGGACGGCUUGGCCAAGUUGGGGCUGCGUGUCACUUUUGACCUCCAACAGGUAGGUUUUGUAGCCGGUAGCAACGGUCACCCUCUACCAUCCCAGUACCUGAACGCCCUGGACAGCACGCUGAUCCCCGUCAUACACAGCAGAGGGCGCAAGAGAGGCGACGAGCCCCUUGUGAUGGAGCUCAUCUUUUACAUCCUGGAGUUCAUCACUUAGAAAUACCUCAUAAAAACGUCUUCAACUGGCCCUGACCUGACAUGACCUCACCAGUGCUGCCAUGAGGACAGUCCACUUGUGAGUCAAGAGAGAUAGAGGUCUCACUCAUGGCGGUUUUCUGAGCUUACCCAGCAGGUGAAAUGAGCAGCACCAUUUAUGUAGCAACUCCACAGCUUGUUCAUGUGGGGACAAAAAAUACCUUCAGCAUAGCAGCUGGAAUCAGCCGGCAACUUUAACUCUAAGAUAAUGACUUAGGUAGUAGUUGAUGCACAUGGAAUGAAUGCCUGAUGGAUUGUAAUUUAGCUAAAUGUUCUUGAAAUGAAUUGUCAGCUUGUAAUUAAUUAAAACUUUGCAACCUCGACAAAAGCCUCGG